UAAAUACUGCAAAUUUAUAAGAUGGCGACGUGUGUGACGCGCACGGGAUGGCGUGUAUUGGAAGGAAUGUGGAGAUACUCGUCAACCUGCCAAAGAACCUCGCGAAAUGCCCUUGCAUGCCCCAGUGCACAGAAAUUAAUUAUUACUCACAUACAAAAAAGGUCCUUAUUCGUACUGCCUUUUGGGAUCGAUGUCGGAAUAUUGGGUGUAGCUGCGUAUUACAUUACGAGAUUAAAGAGACCGCAUCAGGCAGCUAUCGAGGAAGUAUUCGGUCCUGAGCCCAGUUCCAAAGAAGGUUCGCUGUAUCCAGAAAAAGUUGUAAAAUGCAUCGCCCACAGGGGCGCUGGCUUGGACGCUCCGGAAAAUACAUUACAAGCUUUUAAAUAUUGUGUGGAAAGGGAUUGUACGUUUGUUGAAUUGGAUGUGAGAACUUCGAGAGACGGCCAACUGGUUUUGUUACAUGACCAAGGAUUGGAACGGCUGACCGGCACGAAUAUAUCAGAUGUGAGGAUCAUGGAUUGGGAGAAAAUUAAGAAGAUCGACGUCGGCACCAAUCAUCCAAAUAGGGACCAAUUUAAGGAAGUGUAUCUUUGCCUUUUGGAAGACGCUAUCGGUUACCUCAUGUCUAAGAACGUGAAGAUGAUCAUCGACGUCAAGGGCAAUGAUAGAGAGGUCAUCAAUGGUAUACUGGACAUCUUUGCUGGACAUCCAGAUCUCUACAAAUCGGCUGUGGUGACGACCUUCAAUCCGUUUGUCCUGUAUAAGAUCCGCAAGAAGGAUCCAAGGAUUAUCGGUGCCAUCAGCUACAGGCCGUACUGUUUCAGUGCCCAGGAUUAUGACGCGGAAAACGGACCAACGAAUCCAAGGCAUGGUGACAGUAUCCUCCUCCACCUCCUCCUCCGCACCGCUGACUGGGUCCACUCGCUGCUGUGGCGCUGGAGCGCUAGAUGGUGCGCCGUCAGCGCCGUACUGCUUCAUAAGGAUAUUGUUAGCCCGAGCGAGGUGGCGUAUUGGCGUGAUCUGGGCGUGCGAUGUGCAGGUUGGUGCGUGAACCGUCCCUUGGAGAAGUUGUAUUGGAGGGGUGUUCUCAAGGCACCUUACUUGGCUAACACACUGCUGGGGGAGCCUGAGGAACAAAAGAAAGAGCAGGACAGAAAAUGGGAGAAAACUUACAUGGAGAAACAUAUGACAUCAGGAGAAAAUUAAUACCUAUAUAUAUAUAUUCUUAUUUUUCAUGUCUGUUCGUAACUGGUAUAUAUUGGCUGAAGGUCAAAAAACGUCGCCUCAACCGAAUCUCGUGAAAAAAAAAAAUACUUGAUAAUAUUUUUUUUCAGUCCUUGGAUUCCUGGAGGCUAUUCUAUAUAAGUAUUAUAUAAGUACCAAACACCAAAGCUGUAAUAAUUUAAAAAAUAUAUAUAUGUAUUGAUUUGGUCCCAAACAAUAAAUAUAUAUUCCCUAGAUGGAAGAGAAACGCGUCUCACCGAAAGCUGUAUCAGAUAGGGGAGUGAAAGAGAUGGAUUGAUUAGAAAAAGUAUGAGGUUAGUUAUGACAUAUUAUAUAUAAUAAUAAUUUAUAUAAUACGUAUAAAUUAAACCCUUGCCUUGAUUGCAGAUAAUGAAGUUUUUGUUUAAAAAUGUCCGAAGUAUCAUUUCUAUUCAAGUAUUACAAUGAGUGUGUUCGGAGAAAAAAAAAUAAUUUAAUUUUAUUUACAACCUAUUUAUUGACAGAUUUUUUUUAUUUAUAUCGUUAUAUUUGUUUUUGAAAGUACAAAAUUUUUGUAUAAACAAUUUUAGUUACCGAUGACAAUCCCUAACUAUAAUGGCGCCAAAGUUGACGCUGUCAGAUUGUUGACAGUUGUAAGUUUCGAAGUGGAUCUCCGAUUUUCAUGUUUGUUAAAUUAAUAUAUUGAUACAUUAUGUGAUCGGUGUGUUUACUUGCAUUUGUUUUGUGGAAUAAUGAGUUUAUACUGAAUAUAAAUGGUUGAUUAGUUGUUUGCGACAAAACAUUUGUUUGUAACGAGUCUCGUGCAACAUUUGACGCGUAUAACAAGUUAUAUAUGAAUUAAAUAGUUGUUCAUAUAUCGAUGCUGUGUGCGUAUAUUUACGAAAGAAAAACUCUAUGCUGUUUGUAUUUAACUUGUAGUAGGGCGUGUUUUGUGCAAGUUACUGUAACUAUAUGAAAUACACUGACGAUGUUGUAAAGGACGAGCAAAUUACAAUAGUUUCUUUAAGAAGCCAAAUUUACCAGGUUAGAAAUCUUUCGUUAAUCGAAAAUUCACUUCGCAACAAAACUAGUGAAAUUAAUCGUAGUAUUUAUUUGUUUUUAUUUAAUAUAAAAAAUUAAUGCCAAAUUUUAUUUAUUAUUUGUUAUACGUAUUAAUGGAGUUAAAUUUGAUGUUGCUUGAUGUGUGCGAACAAUGUUUUAUAUUUAUUUUGCGCAAACCAUUGCGAUGUUCCAUACCAAUUGAUGUAUGUACGACGUGUGCAAUGUCUUAAUAAAUUGUAAAUGAAUCAAAAA